CGUCUUGCUCCUCAGUCCUCUCAGCGAUCCCGCGUUGCCUGCCUCUUCUCUCGUUCUCGCUCUUAGGGUUUCAAUAUCUCCGAUCUCUUCUUACACAAGUCACUCAGGCUGUUAAAGACUUGAAGUUGACCACAAGCUGUUGUCCAUAUAAGCAUUGAUGGAUGUUGCACCCUCUUCUGUCUUAACUGAUACUCCAAACUUGUUCACCGAUCAUGAACCAGCAGAUGAGGGGGAUGAUUGGGUGGUAGUUAAAAAGCAAAGGAUCAUUUUUCUGGUUCCUCCACCAUCACCAUCUGUACUUCCUCGGUCUAUUCCAGAAAACAGCCACCAAAUAGAUAUUUUAAAGAAGAGAAGGCGUCGCAGAAGCUCUGGCAAGAAGCACAAAACACCCACUGAAGAAGUUCUGAAGGAUGACACUCAAAUGGAACAUGAAGUCCACAACUCUACCGUAGUUCAGCUUAAAGACAAGCCUGAAGUUCAUGAAUCUCAUCAGAUCCCUGUGGCAAAUGUUUUACCUGCCCCAACCGGUGCUAUGGAAAAUAGCAAUGUCCAUCACAAAAGCAGGAAAUUAAGACUCAGGAGUGCUUGUAGAUCGACAAUUGGCGCAGCCAAUGUUGUGAACAUUCGAGUGCGAGCAUCAAACUUCGAGAAGAAGAUCAGGAGACUUGGUGGCCUAAGAAAGUGGUUGGUCUCUCAGGGGCUUACUAGAUUUUCAACAGUUUUUGACAGGGAAAAGUUCAGUUUGUAUCAAUUAGUCACUCUUACAAUGAGCAAACUCAAAGAUGUUGGUGUAGAUGCUGUUGGACCAAGGAGAAAGUUAAUUCAUGCCAUUGACUCUCUCUGUCAACCUUACUUCAUCAAGCCCUUACAAGUGAGAUGAUUGUGGCAUUCAUGCAUUCUGAGCUUGUAUAUGUUUGCUUUGUUUGAACAUAAAUGAAAUGUACAAAGUGGUAGAUUUGAUAUUGAAACUUGCAUUUGUAUGGCUGUAAAAGUUGAUAGUUGUGUAUGUACAUUCAUAAAAUCUUAAUGUUUUUGGGCCAAAAUAUGGAAACAUAUUUAAAUGGUGUGUAGAAAUAUACACAGAAAAUAUCAUAAUUUCUCUUUGAGAAAUAAAUAAGCAUUUGACA